AUGUCCCGCCCCACUGCCACUCACCAUGGUUUCCAAGGAGACGAGCUGGACCUGAGCGACGUGCUGUGGUCCCAGCAGGAAAUAAACCGUCUGUUAUCAGAAGUCACGCGUCUCGAGGCUGAAGUCGUCCACUGGAGGAGACUGACGCAGACAACUGCAGCAGCUGGAGCCGGAAAUGGUGACCAAGCUGAGAUCCACCGGCUUCAAAGAACCAUAAACGAGCUGCGAGAGGAGAUGAGCCGAGAAGUGGACGAGCAUCAGCAUGAGCUGGCCGCACUGCAGGACGCUCAAAGGCAGAAACUGUCUGACGUCACGCGGCGCCACAGAGAAGAGCUCGGCGAGUAUGAGGAGCGGAUCGAGGAGCUGGAGGAGCAGAUUCACAACGCUGGUGGUCCGUCAAGUCCCACCACAGAUUCCUCCAAACUCAUGGAGCUUCAGAAAAUUAUCAGCUCUCUGCGGGAGGCGAGUGAUCGCAGGCUGAGAGAGAGUGAGGCUGUCAGCAGGCCGGUCCAUAAAUAG